AUGGCGGGCUUUGUUGGCUCACGACAACGUGGAAGCGGAGGCUUGCGCGUAUAUGAUAUAGUUGCAAUAAAAAACGAUCUUGAUGUGUUCUAUUUUGCUGCGAUCGUACCUCUUCUGGUGUUCUUUCAUGAGUCUGGUCAGAUGGAAAAGCGGGAAUUUCUUGAUAUGUGGAAGGAGAUACCUGAACAGAACGAGCAACAGUUCACAAUUCAGAAUACUCAGAAUCUGAGUGCUGGUUCGUUACUGCAAAGAUUUCUGAAAACAAUAUGUGUGAUCGACAUAAGCUAA